GUUUUCAGAGGGAAUGUUGACGUUGAGGGACCAGAUUUCAGAAGAGGACUUCACAGCUCUCGCAUCUUGUUUUGUAUUUUAGCUACUUUAAAGUUCUUACUGUAUUUUAUUUGUUUUUUCUCCGUAAAUGAGUUGCAGAGGAGACAGUAAUGAUGACAGCUGUAGGAAACGCAGAGUCGUGUACGUUUUCAGCCCGGAGUACAUCGAUACUUGUGACACUUUGUCCAAAGUCCCAAACCGGGCAAGUAUGGUCCAUUCACUGAUUGAAGCCUAUGGCCUGCUUGAACACAUGAGCGUUGUCAAACCUUGCAUGGCGUCCAUAGAGGAAAUGGCAAAGUUCCACACAGAUGCCUACCUGGAGCACCUCCACAAAAUCAGCCAGGACGGUGAUAACGACGACCCCCAGUCAGUGGACUUCGGCUUAGGUUAUGACUGCCCAGUGGUGGAGGGGAUAUUUGACUAUGCAGCAGCAGUAGGGGGCGCCACACUUACAGCAGCUCAGUGUCUGUUGGACCAAAAGUGUGAGGUGGCCAUCAACUGGGCAGGAGGGUGGCACCACGCCAAGAAAGAUGAAGCGUCGGGUUUCUGUUACGUGAACGAUGCUGUGUUGGGAAUCCUCAAACUGAGGGAGAAAUACGAGCGAGUCCUCUACGUGGACCUCGACCUCCAUCACGGAGACGGUGUGGAAGAUGCCUUCAGCUUCACAUCCAAAGUCAUGACUGUCUCCUUGCACAAGUUUUCUCCAGGAUUCUUCCCUGGGACUGGAGACCUGAGUGACACGGGGCUGGGUAAGGGCCGCUGGUAUGCCGUCAACGUCCCACUGGAGGACGGCAUUCGGGACGACAGAUACUACCAGGUUUUCACCAGCGUGAUGCAGGAAGUGCAGUCGCAGUUCAACCCAGAGGCGGUGGUGCUGCAGCUGGGUGCCGACACCAUGGCGGGUGACCCCAUGUGCUCCUUCAACAUGACCCCAGUGGGGGUGAGCAAGUGUCUGCAAUACGUCCUGCAGUGGCGGCUCCCUGCACUGCUGCUGGGAGGAGGAGGCUAUAACCUAGCUAACACGGCCCGCUGUUGGACCUACCUGACGGCCGCAGUGCUUGAAAAGACUCUCUCCUCUGAGAUACCAGACCACGAGUUCUUUACAGAGUACGGCCCCGACUACUCGCUGGAGAUCGGCCCGAGCUGUAGACCUGACCGCAACGACGCCAAACACCUGGAGCAGGUCAUCAGCACCAUCAAAGGGAAUUUAAAGAAUGUGGUUUAGGAGUCGGCGGCCUCAGAGAGCCCGUGUUUCCAAACCAGGUUGACACUUGGCAGCUUUAAUGAAGACAACAUGGAGCCGGACCCCUUCGGCCCCGAGGCUCGGAGCAAACAAGGGAACGAUGGAGGGAGGAAAAUGGGAGUGGAAGAGGGUUUUGGAAAACAUUAGCUGAGUGUUUCCAGGGUAAAGCUGUUUAAUAAGGGGGUGGGGGGUAUGCGGGGGGCAGGGGUGAUGUGUUUACUGUACAAUGUUCACUGUUUUUAAUUGUUUGUUUGUUUUUAAAUGUAUGCGAGAGCUGGUUUGUCAGUGUGCGGCUGCCUGGCCCCAAAUUCAGGUUCCUGCAGUUAACACCGAGUCCCCGGUGUUUUAUCAGGGUGUCUCAUCAGGCAGAAAUUUAAGUGGAAAAACAGUUACGUGAGGUGUCGGAUUCCACACUCACCUCGGUGCUGUGAUUUUAUCCCCCUGCGAGCAGACAAACACUAAAAACAGCAGAAACUCCCCUCAUCCACCUCCAUUAAAUGCCUCGUUAUCCUCACUAAAGCCUGGAAGUCCUGCACACUUUUGGACAUUCCGAAAAAAUAUGUGAUUUUAAUGGUGUCGAGAAACGCGGUAAAAUUACAAAACGCUGAUUUCCUGCCGAAGCUGGACCAGCUGUCAUUUUCCCAGUCAGUUUGCCCAGCUGUUUGCACCCCUGGGAGACGCGCAAGGGGAACCUUAAAAUGUCAACAUCUGGAGAGUGUUUGGAAUUUUAAAUGGAAAAUAUGCUGGAAACCCUUAAAGACAGUAUGAAAUGACCUCUUUACUUCCUUAAUAUAUGAUGUCAUGUUUUUGAAAGAGGAUACAAUGUAGACCGAUAAUUCGUAAGCGCGGAUGAGGAUAGAAUUAUGUAAAAAAAGAAAAAUCUUACAUAGACUGAAUGGGUUAUUUAUACUCGACUCUGUUAAGAUGCUAGUAGAGCAGAUGGCAAAUAUGUUAGCUUCCUUAGCUUCCCAACACAUUCACAGUGUGGUGAUGUUGAAAUUUCAUAGCUGCGUUUUUCUUUGGCGUGCACAUGCUGCCAAAUGUUUGAGGGUUUUAAGCUAACUAUGCCGAAAGAUUGAGCAAGUUAACGUUUCCAUUUCAUCCUGUCUUUAAAGAAUCGCUAAAGCCACAUUAGCACUUUAACAGAUGCGUAUCCCGGUAAUGUCACAGUUUGAAAACGAGUCUGUGUUUUGGAAAACUUUAGAGGUUCCCAGAAAUUGUCCGUGAUGAAUCAGGAUAUUCCUUCAUUGUGCCGUGAUCUCGCUUUAACCACAGCGGGAUUUUCAAGUUUCCUUUGUCUUUUGCAAACUGUGACAUUGUUAAUCCCGUGCAUUUCCGUGGAGCCCAUAGUGUCCUCAUAUAUGCCAUGACAUCACUGGGAGGUUAUCCAGAAGCACUGCGGUUGUGGCGUGCUACGAUUAUUUUUGUAUGUAUCUGGCAUGCUAGUUUGUCCUGGUUCAAGACCGUGAGCUACCAGGGUUCAGAAAUGUGAAAGUGAGAACAGGGCUUUAGGCACAUUGGAUGGAAUCAGAACUGGAGAAAGGAGGCAAAGUCGGUUCUUCUCGGACACGGCAUGAAGGCUAACGUGGAAAACGAGCAGGUCUCCGCGUCCUCAUUGGGUUUGGAUCAGACAGAAAUCUUGUCCUGUUACAAGUCUUAAAUCUCACCUCGUACGGCGUUUCCCAGCUACCUCCAAACAUCCACUCAGAUAUUCUGAAUCUGUGGGAAAAUUGGACCUCAAAAAUGGGAAACCACAGGAUCCCAUUCUGCUGUGUAAACAAUUGUAUAAACAGUUCUAUAUUAAAAAAAA